AUGCCACUGCGGCUUCUUUGUCUUCACGGCUGGGGGACCAGUGAGAAAAUACUACGAUCGCAACUAAGCGGUCUAAUCGGAGAUUUACAGCGUGACAACACGGCCACGUUCCACUUUCUCGAAGGCGAAAUCGACUCUGAGCCCGGCCCAGGUAUCGCAGGUUUCUAUGAAGCCCCGUACUACAGCUACUACCGCUUCCCCCGGACCUUUUCAGAUGCUGACACCGACGAAACCGACAUCCUCGCCGCAUACGAACAACUCGACGAAGCAAUAACCCUGCACGGACCCUUCGACGGGGUUCUAGGAUUCUCGCACGGCGGAACCCUGGCCGCGGGGUAUCUUAUCCAUCAUGCGAAAAUGUCGCCGGGAAAGGCACCACCGUUUCGGUGUGCAAUUUUUGUCAACUCAUUGCCUCCAUUCCGGAUGCAUCCUGGUCAGAGACCUGUGAUCGAACAGGGUUUGGAGGGGUGGAUUCGGGUUCCGGUGGUGAAUAUUGCUGGGGCGAUGGAUCCGUUGUUUGAUUUUUCGUUGGCGCUGCAUCGGAUUUGCGAUCAGCAGUGUUCGAGUUUUGUGGUGCAUGGAAAGGGGCAUGAUGUACCUACUGAUGUGAAGAAUGUUGCUAUUAUGGCGGCUGCGAUCCGGAAGCUUGCGGUUAAGAUGUUGGGAGGUUGGUGA